GACAGCUCAAAUGGUCCGCUGUCUUGUCACAUGUGGUUGUGUACCUUCAGAUCGACAUAAAUUCUGAUUGCUGUUUUGACUGUUAAUCUGAGAAAUCAGUGGGAAAUAGGUCAUGUCUGAAGACGUGAGUGUUAUAGUGGUGGGUUCCUGUAUGACCGACUUGGUUAGCCAGGCACCUCGACUUCCCAAAGCUGGAGAGACGAUACAUGGACACAAGUUCUUUAUUGGAUUUGGUGGGAAAGGGGCCAAUCAAUGUGUUCAAGCUGCACGAAUGGGGGCCAAGACUGCCAUGGUGUGCAAGGUCGGCAAAGACUUUUUUGGAGACAACUACAUUCAGAACUUCAAAAAUAAUGCCGUAUCCACUGAUUUUGUAGAACAGACUGAAAAGGCUGCAACCGGAGCUGCCUCUAUCAUCAUCAAUAACACAGGUGAGAAUGCAAUAGUGAUAGUGGCUGGUGCAAAUAUGCUGCUUGGAGAAGAGGAGCUGCGGCGGGCACAAUCCGCCAUUACUAGAGCCAAAGUACUCAUUUGCCAACUUGAAAUCAAGCCAGAUGCAUCACUACAGGCCUUGAGAAUGGCUAAAGAGCACCAUGUGAAAACCAUUUUCAAUCCAGCCCCUGCUAUCGCAGACCUGCAAUCUGAUUUCUACAAAGCAUCUGAUGUUUUCUGCUGUAAUGAGUCUGAGGCAGAGCUGCUGACCGGAAUGGCCGUUACCUCAGUGGAAGAAGCAAGUCAAGUCAGCCUGGAACUGCUUCGCAGAGGUUGUGGUUCAGUCAUUGUCACCCUGGGGCCACAGGGCUGUGUGGUGUGUCAGUCAACAAAUGUUGUCCCUAAACCUGUCCCCACCACCCUGGUCACUGCUGUGGAUACCACGGGAGCUGGUGAUAGCUUCAUUGGUGCACUGGCUUACUAUAUGGCCCAUUAUUCCACAAUGCCACUGGAGGAAAUGGCCAGAAGAGCCAACCUUGUCGCAGCUGUAUCUGUACAAACUGUCGGCACUCAAACAUCCUUUCCAUUUCGGAAGGAUCUGCCAACUGAACUAUUCUGAAUGCUAUUUGUCAAGGUCCCUUGUCUUAAAACAAACAUAAUACCAUUAAUCUGUACAAAGUGGCCACAGAAUUAUUGUUUGUAUAAUACACAAUACCAUGUACUAGAAAUUUGAUGUUGAUGAUUUUCAUUUCACAACAUUAAAACCACCUGCCUAAUAUUGUGUAGGUCCCCCUCAUGCCGCCAAAACAGCGCCAACCUGCGGUAAUCUUCUUACCACAAUUGUACAGAGUGGUUAUCCGAGUUACCAUAGACUCAGUUCAAACCAGCCUGGCCAUUCUCUGUUGACCUCUGUCAUCAACAAGGCAUUUCCGUCCACAGAACUGCCACGCACUGGAUGUUUUUUUGUUUUGUUUUUGGCACCAUUCUGAGUAAAUUCUAGAGACUGUUGUGUGUGAAAAUCCCAGGAGAUCAGCAGUUGCAGAAAUACUCAAACCAGCCUGUCUGGCACCAACAAUCAUCCAUGCAAUUAUCUAAUCAGCCAAUCAUUUGGCAGCAGUGCAUAAAAUCAUGUAUAUACAGCUUAAGUAAAUGUUCUCAUCAAUUCUGCCAACCAUCAGAAUGGGAAAAAAAAUGUGAUCUCAGUGAUUUGGACCGUGGCAAGAUGGGCUGAAUUGAGUAUUUCUGUAACUGCUGAUCUCCAGGGAUUUUCACACAUAAAAGUCUCUAGAAUUUACUCAAUGUAGCCAAAUACAAAAAACAUCCAGUGCGGCAGUUUUGUGAACGGAAAUGCCUUGUUGAUGAGAGGACAAAAGAGAAUGGCCAGACUGGUUCGAACUGACAAAGUCUAUAGUAACUCAGAAAACCACUCUGUACAAUUGUGGUGAGAAGAAUAGUAUCUCAGAAUGCUAUUCUGAGAUGCUAUUCUGAGAUACGUGUUGGCGCUGUUUUGGUGGCACGAGGGGGACCUACACAAUAUUAGGCAGGUGGUUUUAAUGUUGCAUGUGAUCAGUGUAUACAGCUUACAUAGAAUGUUUUCAACAAUGACUCUCAGGCUUAAAGAUUUCCACUUAUAACAUGUUUUAAAUGUCUGUGAAAAAUAAAGAAAAUGUUAAACUGAUAGUUCAACCAAAAAUGAAAAUUCUCUCAUCAGUUAUUCACCCUCAUGCCAUCUAAGAUGUGUAUGACUUCCUUUAUUCUGCUGAACACAAAUGAAGGUUUUUAGAAGAAUAUGUCAGCUCUGUAGGUCCAUACAAUGCAAGUGAAUGGUGACCAGACCUUUUGAAGCUCCAAAAAGCAGAAAAGGGCAGCAUAAAAGUAAUCCUUAAGACUCUAGUGGUUUAAUCAAUGUCUUCUGAAGUGAUCCGAUUGGUUUUGGGUGAGAACAGACAAAAUGUAACUCCUUUUUCACUACAAAUCUUGAGAGCAGUCUCCUUGAUGAUCAUGAUUUCAAGCUCAAUUACGCCUCCUAUAGUGUCAUCAAGUUCUCUGUGCAAGCGUUAAGCACUAAGAACUGUAAUCGAGCUUGAAAUCACGAUUGUGCCUAGAGAUUGUAAUGGUAAGAUGUACAGUGAAAAAAGGAUUUUAUUUUGGUCUGUUCUCACCCAAAACCAACUGGAUCACUUCAGAGGACAUUGAUUAAACUUCUGGAUUACUUUUAUGCUGCCUUUAUUAGCUUUUUGGAGCUUCAAAGGCCUGGCCACCAUUCACUUGCAUUGUAUGGACCUACAGAGCUGGGGCAUUCUUCUAAAAAUCUUUGUUUGUGUUCUAAAGAGGAAAGAAAGUCAUACACAUUUGGUAUGUCAUUAGGGCGAGUAAAUGAUGAGAAUUUUUGGGUGAACUAUCCCUUUAGUUUCUGGAAGUACAAAUUGCACAGCCAUUGUUAUGUUUGAAUUGAUGUUAUUUUUAGCAUGGCAACACACUUAUAUACACUGAUUUUCUCACAAAUAAAUUUAGCAGGAUAAUUAUUCCAACAAAUCCACUUCAGCCUAAAGUGAUCCGCAUUAUUUGCCUUUAGUCCAAAAAAAAAAAAAAAAAAAGAAGAAAAACAAA